CUAUUUCAGUUUUAGUGCUGCAAAUUGGGAAAGAUGUGGAUCAUGUAGUACUGUGCAGUGCGUGAACGUAUUUGAUAGUUAGUGAUUGAUUGAUAGUCACUAGUCAACUAGUCAUUGUCAACGGUUCGGGAUACUUAGUACAAGAUUCACUUUUAAAUAGACCAUGUCGCCGACCUAUGACAUGACGAUCAUGAUAUCAGGGUAUAAGUUGAAAUUCGCGGUCUAAUUAUGAGCACCGGACUGACGCUUCAACACCUUCAAGUGCAUAGUCGAGUAUCCGGUGAAUUUCAAAUCUGUUUUCAUCAGUUCAAUCAAUCAAAAUAGCAGUGAAUGUCAUCCCUUCUUAUGCUCGUUCGGGCUACACAAGCGCUGGAUGGUGCUAUACCUUGCACAAACACCCGUAUGCGAGGUGCGCAAGCUCGCACACAUCCAUCCUCGAAUACCAUGACUCUAAUCUUAAAUGAUCCCAGUUUGUGGCCCUCGAUCAGUCUGAAUCGUAUCCUGAGCUAUUUUGCAGUUGCCAUCUUUACUGGGGUGAUAUACGACUGGGUACUAACUUUCGGACUAGAGGUUGAACUAGUCUGGAGCCAACACUGGUCUCUUAUGACCGUUUUGUUUCUCAGUGUGCGCUAUCUUGGAAUAUCAUAUGUCCUCAUUAUGCUGUUGAAUGUUCCGACGAUAUCAAUGACAGAUGCAUUCGAUGUAAUACCUGCCACAGCUCUAAUAGCAGUGGAUUGGGUUUGUACAGUCGCAAAUGCAAUGCUGGGCCUGAUCAUGCUCGUUCGUUUAUACGCCAUGUAUCAGCGAUCCAGAAAGGUGCUGUUACUUCUCGUUGUCAUCUACGUUCCCGCCAUCAUUUUCGAUGUAGUGGCUGCCGCAACGAUAAUGAGGAAUGUUUCAGGGGAGGAGGUCAUUCUCUCCGGCACUUAUCAGUGCGCGAUUGAUACCAAGGGAGAUUAUUCACUCCUGGAUUCCAUAACUUGGAUAUUCGGCACUGUAUGGGAGGUUCUUGCACUGUUUCUCGCAGUAUGGAUUGCCGUAAAACACUUCCGUGAAUUGCAGCAGCAUUCUGCAGGAGGAACUAGUACUAUCAACGACUGCUUCACGGUGUUGAUGAAAACUCACCUGGUUUACUUUGCGAGCGUUGUUGGUCUUUCGUGCCUCGGUCUCAGUAAUCAGUUUUCGACAAUUUUGACGGAUGAUACCCUGAGAUCCCAGAUUUAUGCGGGGCUUCUCAUGGUGUUCCGUGCUAUACAGAUGUGCGUGCUAGGACCACGCCUGAUCCUUGGUGUUCGAAAAUAUCAUGCCAAGCUCGUGGCCGACUCCGAUUUAGCAAGCGACAUGGCUUCAAUUGCUUUCCAGGAGCGCGUGCAUGUGUCAACCAGCAGUAGUGUGGAAGGAGAUGCUCGAUGUGAUUAA